CUUAUCCGGAGGAAGUGAAGCUCAGACGAGGCCGCUGACCGGAGGAGAAAAAAAAAAAACCAAGAGGGGGUAAAAAAAUAAAAAAAACUUGAUCGCUUUGCAGGAAUUUGGAGACGUAAGGAAACCGGGUCCGACGCGUCCCGGCGCACAGGAGUUCCGGGCGGGGAGAGAGACUCAUCGGUUCCGAAAUGAUGGAAGAUUCUCAUUUUAAUUCGUCAUAUUUCUGGUCUCCCAUCCCCACCGUGCCAGGACAGAUUGAAAAUGCCAUGUUCCUGAACAAGGUGAAGGAGCAGCAGGAAAAGAAUGCUUCUUUCCCUCCUUCAUCGGCAUCCCACUACCAGACAGCUCUUCUUACCUUCCCCACUAGUGGGACCAAGACAGAUGGAGGAGGGCAGCUUGGUAGUGUGGCUCACCUCCACCCUCCUCACACCACCCAGAACAUCACAGUGCUGCCGGUCCCCUCCACGGGCAUCAUGACAGCAGCGGGUCUAGUCAUCACGACUCCUCAGGGAACGCUGGUCUCUCCCACCUCGUCCCAGUCGUUUGUCUCCGGUCAUCAGGCAACAACCAUGAUCGUGUCUGCACUCCAUUCUACAGACAAAAAAGAAGGGGACGGGAUGUCCCAUGUGGUUGUGAUGCCAGCGCCCUCGAAACGAGGCAGGAAGAAGAAGGUGACGACGCUGUCCCGGCUCGGCCCUGGAAACGAAACCCUUGUACUGGCACAUCUCACAGCUGGUGGCCAGGUGGCAUCUUUGCAGCAUCACAGUGGAGACCCAUACGACCUAUCAAAUGAAGACGAUUACCAGGGCCCGAAGGACAGCGCUAAGACUUACAGGUGCCGGAUGUGUGCGGCGACCUUCUUCAGUAAGUCUGAUAUGCAGAUCCACUCCAAGUCGCACACAGAGGCCAAACCUCACAAGUGUCCUCACUGCGCCAAGUCAUUCGCCAACUCCAGCUACCUGGCCCAGCACAUCCGCAUCCACAGCGGGGCCAAGCCUUACACCUGCUCCUACUGCCAGAAAUCUUUCAGGCAGCUCAGUCAUUUACAGCAGCACACACGGAAUCACACAGAGUCAAAGCCUCACAAGUGUCACCAUUGUACCAAGUCUUUUGCCAACUCUAGCUACCUGGCCCAGCACAUCCGUAUCCACACCGGAGUGAAACCCUACACCUGCUCCUUCUGUCAAAAGUGCUUCAGACAGCUCAGUCACCUUCAGCAACACAACAGGAUUCACACCGGAGAUCGACCGUACAAGUGCACUCAACCAGGCUGUGAGAAGUCCUUCACGCAACUCUCAAAUUUACAGUCCCACCGACGUCAGCACAACAAAGACAAGCCCUACAAAUGCACCAACUGCAAUAAAGGAUACAUAGAUGCGGCGAGCCUGGAGGUGCACAUGUCCACACACACUGUCAAACACGCCCGGAUCUACUCCUGUGGUCUCUGCAACCGCACUUAUACCUCAGUAAGACACCUUUCUGAAGAUAAUUUCUACAUGAAACACUAUGAAUCCUGUCACUGGCAUCAGACACCUGGCAGCUACUUUACACUGUGUAGUCAUGUGUACACUGUUUCUCCUCUACCUCUCCUCCCCUCAUCUCAGGAGACGUAUCUGGUGAAACACAUGGAGAAACACAACCCGGACCAGUUGACCGCAUCGGCAGUCGUGGCAGCACAGUCGGCACAACAGAACCAGAACCAGGGCCAGGCUGGAGCUCAGAGUCGGGUAGACAGCGCAGAUGGGGGAUCGAGCCGCUCUGGGGGAGCUGGAAGCGGAAGAGCGGGUGGAGGCCAGCAGGGACUGAGCCAGAGUAACUACCCUCAGACAGAAAACAUCCCCUGUCCGUUUGACCUUCACCAGUAUAAGACAGUGUCUGCCAGUGACCUCCAGUACAAACCAGUCAGCGUGGCUGACAUUACUUCUCACAAGGACUUAUGUCUCACUGUGUCAGCAUCCACCAUUCAAGUAGAGCACCUCAACUCUUAGAGGUGAUGAAACAAGGGAGUGUGGGAGAUGUGGAAAUUAGAAUGAUUCAAAAAUGCAAGAAAUGGAGGAUGGCGAGUCAAAGGAUCAAAGCAAUACUAAGAUGAAACAAGAACUUUUGGUCAUGUGACUGUGCCUGAAAGAUGGCUUAAGGCAGACAGGACACAUUAUAAUUGGGACACAGAAUACGGGAGGCUAUAAUUUUGAUUUAUUUUUUUAGUUUGUCUCUUAUUUUCUUUCUGCCUUGAUUGAUUUGUUUUCAUUUUGCUUAGCCGCCCUGUCUUAGUAUAAAGUGCAUGUAAAAGCUGCAAUAAAGUAUGAUUCAGUCCAUCACAGUGAUGGUUUUACAAUAGGAAGGGAGUCAAAGAAACAGUUCCUCUGUUGUUUUAUCACCUCCUGCUCUUCCCUACAAACACAGCUUUGGCCAUAGCAGUUUAUGGUCUCUCUGUUGAUGAAACUGGCAGUUAACUGUGAAAGUAAAUUUUUAUACUUUCAUACAGUCCUUACAGUUUUUACUCUGUGUGACCUGAAAAGGGAUUUAGAGGUUAUUUCUUUUUAAGGAAAGAAGAUAUCAAUCAUGUGUAUGUAUAUAUAUACACACUACCAGUUUAUAAAUAUUGAUUCUGGGAUUAAAUCCAUUGAACCUUUUCAGACCUACUGGCAGGCCUUCACAUGACAUUCAGGGGAGCAAUGCGCCAGUUCACGUUUCAUGUUAUCCUAUUGUACUGCUUUGUGUGUAUGUCCUAAAAGUUAUGUUACAAACAUGUGUACUUGCUAUUAUACUACCACAAUAACAUUUAUAAUACUUCUUUAUAGACAUACUGACACAUCUGAAGUUUAUGGGGAUUUUCUGCUUUUAAUACAAUAAACCCUCUGAAAUUUU